UGUCGCUUCGGCUCGGCUCUCCCCCUCGCCGAUUGGCGCGAGUCGCGUUUUGGGGUGCCUUUUUUCCCCCUGCGAAUCCACGGGAUUUCUCCUGGCCUUUUUUGGGGACGAGGAGGAGGAGCAGGAGGAGGAGGAGGCUGCCGCGGGGGGAGAUGGCGCGGGAGAUACGGCGGAUAGAGAACGCGGCGGCGCGGCAGGUGACCUUCUCCAAGCGCCGUCGCGGGCUGUUCAAGAAGGCGGAGGAGCUGGCGGUGCUAUGCGACGCCGACGUCGCGCUCAUCGUCUUCUCCGCCACCGGCAAGCUCUCGCAGUUCGCGAGCUCCAGUAUGAAUGAUAUCAUUGACAAGUACAGUACACAUUCUAAGAAUCUGGGGAAAUCAAAUCAGCAGCCUCCUAUCGAUUUGAAUGUAGAGCAGAGCAAGUACAGUGGUUUGAAUGAACAACUCGCAGAAGCAAGUCGUGGACUUAGACAGAUGAGAGGUGAGGAGCUUGAGGGAUUGAGUGUAGAUGAACUGCAUCAAAUGGAAAGGAAACUUGAAGCAGGACUGCAUAGAGUGCUUAGUACAAAGGACCAAUUAUUCAUGGAACAAAUCAGCGAAUUACAGCAAAAGGGUGCACAGCUGGAAGGUGAGAACAUGCGUCUGAAAAAACAGGUGCCUCAGGUGCCAACGGCUGGCACAGCGGUAGUUGCUGCUGAUACAGAAAAUGUCCUCACUGAAGAUGGGCAAUCAUCUGAAUCUGUGAUGACUGCAUUGCAUUCAGGAAGCUCAAAUGACAACGAUGAUGGUUCUGAUAUAUCCUUGAAACUAUCGUUGCCUUGAAAGUAGGGACGACGCCCAUGCAUAUACAUUAUCUGCACAAGUGGAUGGAUCGGAUGAGUGCUACUAAGAAGAGGGAGACUGGAACAGUGCCAAAACUUGAGAUCGGUUUAACCAGAGCUGCUAUCUACAGUUCAAAGUUGCGAUGCUAAAUUUGUAAUGGUGUAUGCAUUAUCUUCGUUCUGAAAAUUCUACUAUUUGCUGCCUGUGCUACAUUGUUCAUGUCAUUGUAUUUGUUGACUCCUAUAUGAAACCUAUGCCCAGAGCUUACAAAUAGUGGGUUUGAUUUAAGCCCGUUCUUGUAUAAGAGCCUUUUCCCGUGA